AUGGCACCCGAACCUGUGGAUGAUGUACCGAUGUACGAUGAGGAUGACAACGAAAAUGAGGAGCACAGGCUCAUCAACGAGGAAUAUAAAACAUGGAAGAAGAACACGCCCUUCCUCUAUGACAUGAUUCUGAGCACUGCCCUUGAGUGGCCUACUCUCACCACUCAGUGGUUCCCAGACGUCAAAGAGCCUGCAGACAAGAAUGUCCGUAUCCACCGCCUGCUCAUCGGCACCCACACCUCAGAUGACAAGCCCAACUACGUACAAAUUGCCGAGGUGGAAAUUCCCAAGACUUCGGAGCCCAAUGCUCAGGACUUCGAUGAGGACAGAGGCGAGGUCGGCGGUUAUGGAAAGGCUGGUGAUGUAGCGAAAAUCAAGUUCAACAUUACUCAGAAGAUUGACCAUCCCGGCGAAGUCAACAAGGCCAGAUAUCAGCCCCAGAAUCCCGACAUCCUUGCGACAAUGUGUAUCGACGGAAAGAUUCUCAUCUUUGACCGCACCAAGCACUCGAGCCAGCCUCAAGGCAAGGUAAACCCUCAGAUUGAGCUUCACGGGCAUAAGAAGGAAGGUUUCGGUCUUAGCUGGAACCCUCACGAGGCCGGAAAGCUCGCGUCUGGAAGUGAAGACCAGACUGUAUGCCUUUGGGAUCUACAAACCGUGCAAGCAAACAACCACAUCUUGAAACCCGCCCGCAGGUACACCCACCACAGCCAUGUCGUCAACGACGUGCAGUACCAUCCCUUCAACAAGAAUUUUAUCGGCACCGUUUCGGAUGACCUGACAAUGAAAAUCAUUGAUUCUCGCCGGGCAGAGACGGACAAGGCUGCCCUAACCGCUAGAGGUGGCCACUCAGAUGCCAUUAACGCUCUCGGCUUCAGCCCAACCAGCGAAUACCUCUUUGCCACCGCAUCAGGCGACAAGACUAUCGGCGUCUGGGAUAUCCGAAACGUCAAGGAGAAGGUACACACCCUUGAGGGACACAACGACGCCGUAACCUCGCUCUCUUGGCACCCUACAGAGCCCGGUGUUUUGGGAUCGGGUAGCUACGAUCGCCGCAUCAUCUUUUGGGACCUAACCAAGGUUGGCGACGAGCAACUACCUGACGACCAGGAGGAUGGACCCCCGAGUUGCUUUUCAUGCACGGAGGACACACCAACCACCUUGCUGAUUUUACGUGGAAUCCCAAUGACCCUUGGCUCAUCUGCAGUGCCGCCGAAGACAACUUGCUUCAGAUCUGGAAGGUUGCAGACUCCAUCAUCCAAGUGA